AUGGCAACAAAAAUCAUCUACUUCACAGUGAACGGGAGACCAGAGCGGGCCGAGUUCCCCCUGGACUGCCCGGCCCAGGAUGUGAAAGAUCUGUUCCGCUCUGCGGCCGAGGCGGGACCCCACGACAUCCUGAAGCUCUACAACCCCAAAGGCAGCAUCAUCAACAUCUCCCCGAAUCUGGAGCCCAACAGCCCGAACUCCUGCUACAAGCUGGAGGUUGUGGCCGCCGACUGCAACAGUGAGCCGUUAGGUGCGGAGCUUGCCGGUGCACUCGGAUUUGACCUCUCCUCCAUGGAGAAAAGGCUGCAGGGUCUGGAGAAGAAGAUCUUGUUCGAGGCCAGUGAGACUCCUGCAGUCGUGUACGAGAUGAAGAAACAGGUGGAUUCGUUCCGGGAGAAACUAGAGAGCGUGGAGCAUCUGAGCUGGCUGGGAUUGUUUAAAGACCUGUCGGAGGGAACGCACAAACCCUCGCCGUUCUACCACAAGAGAACGCUGCAUAAAACCAGGAAGGAGUGCGAGCAUGUGCGGGAAAAGUUCCUCCAAAUGAGCUCCCUGGAGGUAUCAGACGAAGUGAGGCAGUACUUAAAGACCCCAACCUUCGAUAACUGGCAGUGGGAGGACGCAGAGAUCAUGGUGCUCCUGCAGGUCAUGUACACAGAUUUAGAUUUCAUAGCGAUGUUCAACAUCGAGCCUGAAGUCCUGCAACAGUUCCUGUUCGAGGUCUACCGACGAUACAACAACAUCCCUUUCCACAACUUCAAACACUGCUUCUGUGUCACCCAGAUGAUGUACGGGUUGAUCUGGCUGACCGACCUGAGGAGUAAGAUGGACAGCGUCGACCUGCUGAUCAUGUUGACCUCCGCCGUCUGCCACGACCUCGACCACAUGGGAUACAACAACGCCUACCAGAUCAAUGCUCGGACUGAACUCGCUCUCCGCUACAACGACAUCUCUCCACUGGAGAACCACCACUGCGCCGUGGCCUUUGAGAUACUGGAGAAGACAGAGAGCAACAUCUUCAGGAAUCUGUCCAUGGAUCAGUACAAACGGAUACGAGAAGGGAUCAUCAAAUGCAUUCUGGCCACUGACAUGACGAGACACAACGAGAUCCUCAACAAGUUCAAGUCCAUCCUGCCGGCCUUUGACUUCACCAACAAGGACCACAGAGACGUGCUGAUGAUGAUUCUGAUAAAAGUGAGCGAUAUAUCCAACGAGGCGCGACCCAUGGAGGUGGCCGAACCCUGGUUGGACUGUCUCCUGCAGGAAUUCUACAACCAGAGCGACGUGGAGAAGCUGGAGGGCCUCCCGGUCACCCCCUUCAUGGACCGGGACAAAGUAACCAAACCGUCAUCUCAAACAGGCUUCAUCAGAUUUGUCCUCCUGCCUCUCUUCAUCGAGCUGGCCAACCUCUUUCCCUGCUUGGAGCAACACAUUAUCAACCCGGUGCGGAAGGCUCUCGAUUACUACACCGAGAUGGAGAAAGCGCUGGAGAGGGAGAAACAGAACCGGGCUCAGAACGAGAACACAGCCAAGAGUAAGGAGGCCGCCGAUGGCCACACGGAGGCCGGGCCUGAAGCCUCAAAACUGGACGCACAGUGA